UUCGCAAAUAUAUAGUAACAAAUGUACAGUACAAAUUCACAGGUGGUUGUACAAAGUUGUAUAUAAUGUUAUCAAAAUACGUAGUUGUUACCCUGCUUAUUGCAUGUACUUGGAUUAAUGGAAAUUAUGCUUACCGUGAUAAUGAUCUUACCGUACUCGUGGCAGCAGGCAAAAAAGAAUGUUUUUACCAGUCGGUGAAAAGUGGUCAAAGCAUUGAUGUUGAAUACCAGGUGAUUGAUGGCGGUGAAUUGGAUAUUGAUUUCCGAAUAUCUGCACCAUCAGCAAUUGCAGUCGUCACAGAAUUUAGAAAAAAUGAUGGAAUACACACGAUAGACCCGACUGAACAAGGAGAUUAUGAAGUUUGUUUCGACAACACUUUCAGUCGCAUCACAAGUAAAACCAUCUUCUUUGAGAUUAUCAUCGACAACAACGAGGGGGGAAUGGAUGAAGAUGACGAGGCAUGGAAGAAGUUUGUGGCUUCCGAUGAAACUUAUGGAGACAAGCUGGCCACCCUGGAGGUAGCAGGGCAAAGUCUUGAUUCAAUUAAAUCCAACAACGCCAAGAUCACUCAAUACCAAGUCAUGCUGCGUGCCUUUGAAGCAAAGGAUAGAAAUGUAGUUGAAAGAAACUUCAUGAGAAUUAACUUCUGGUCACUCACAAACAUUGUGGUCAUGCUGUCAGUUUUCGCUCUGCAAGUGUUUAUGGUCAGGAACAUGUUCAACGACAAGCAGAAAGUGCGCACUUAGUGAAGAUAUGGUUGCGUAAUGCAUGUUCAAUAUACACCCUACAUAUUAUAUAGACUUCUUUUUAUUAUUGAAACCGUGAGUGUGGUACAAAAGUGAUCUUUCAUCUUUAUUUAUAUUAGUAACUGCAGUAAUUAGAACUUGUCUGUACCCAUAUUUUCAAUUGAAGAGAAAUUGUUAAGCACUUAAAUUAAGAUUGAAACUGAAUUAGUAAUUCAAUUACACUAUGCUGCAAACCAAAGUAUUUUUUGUACCUGCAUAUUUGGUCAAAUUUGUUACACAACUGCGAUUGAUUUUAAAGUAUCGAGUGUUUGUAAUAAUACUGUUUCAUUUGUUGUAAGAAUACACUUCAAGCCUUCCACA